AUGGAUAACAUUGUAUUUUCCAGAAUACACGUAUUUAAUCAAAAUAUAAUAUUUUUUAACCUUUAGUCACUACGUAUUUCUCAAGUCAGUAUUAGUCAUAUCCUGCACGUAGUUUUAUGUGGGAGUUUAUCUAAUUUACAGUACACACCUAGAGAGGAACGUGAUUUUUACUUCAAAAAAUAGUAUAAAUAAAGUCUCUCAGUUAUUUUCUUCAAUAUAUUCCCCUGCAUCAGGCGAAACAUCAAAGAAAGCAAGUUACAGUAGCGAAGUGUUACGUUGUAGUGUACUGAAUAAUCAGCCGCACGCGACCAUUUGCACAAGGAACAAAGGAAACAAAAUUAUACAUAAUUACCAAGAAGAAUACCGAAAAUGAUGGUAAGUUCCAAAAAUCAAUAUGUUGCUCACCUUUUCAACUUGGAGAGAAGAAAUCGUCCAUUCACCGAAUUAUAAUGCAGGUCUACAGCUCGCCAAAUCACUCAAUUAUAGUUUGCUUGGUUGUUGUUUACGUCGCUUUCUGCCGUGUAUAUGUACAUCGGUCCCUUGUAACAUACAUGCAUUGUCUGUAGUUAGCAGACCGGUUCGUCGCGGUUCACUUGUAAAAUGAAGUUAAGUUUAAUUUCCAUAAUCUCAAUUGUUAUGAGUGUCUUCUUAUAUUUGCUUUCAUGCCGUGCUUUAGAGUUUGAAACCACGUUUUUCCCGAGUGACUGUGGCUGGUAGAGCAGAGCUGCGCCUUGGUUAUUCGGAGGAGGCAAACAAGCUAAUUAAAACUCCUCAGACUGCCGAUCCGUCGUACAUUUCAAAGAAGCCAGGUGAGGUAGAAGCCAAAGCCAAGAGUGAGGUGACACGACUUGGUGGAAAUCCGAGCAAUCGAACCGAUCUUCUUGGCCAAUUUGAACUUCAGUUUGGCAGAUUUAGGGGUAAGACUUUCAAAUGGCUGUUAGAAAAUGGUCUUGGAUACGCAGCAUGGAUUGUGAACAGCAUGUCGAGCGAGACAGCUACGAGUUCACCCUUGGCUGUAAAUAAGCAUUCCUUCGCGGAAUAUUUUAAGUCCUUCCCCGAAGGUAGAGAGGCCUUGGCGUUGAAGAAAGAAAAGGCCAAAGAACAAACAGCUUCGUCAACUUCGACUUCAAGCUCAACUACAAGGCAGACAUCGACUCGAACGUCUAAUACAACCGCUAUGGCUUCGCUUGUUGGACGAAGUUCGUUAUCCCCGCAAGAAAUUGCAAAGCGAUUACAUCGAACUAUUCAAGGUAAAGUAAUCGCUCUUUUGUUACGCUACAGUGAACGAAAACACCAACAGGCUAUAAUUAUUAACACCUUUUUAAUAAGACACUUACCUAACCCCGCCCCACCUUCUCUCUCUUUCUAAUUAAACAUCUCUCUGUUCUCAGACUUUUUUCAAAAACAACUCAACCAAAAAAAAAAGGUCGCGAAAGGUUUAACAGUUGCGAAAUGUAACUGUAUAUCGAAUAUAGUUGAUCAAGUCACUUAAUUGUUGUACAUUAAGUCCCUUGAAUAUCUAAGAGUAAUCAAGUCAAUAAUUUUAUUCAUUUUUUUUUUUUUUUUUCAUUUUUUAGGCAAAUCUGUAAAGGCAACAUUUCCCACUGACACGCAACUGAGAAUCCCAGAGGACACGAACAGUGUUUCCGAUGAACUGUUGCUGUCUGCAGCUAAUGCCAUAGAUAGCUCAUCUGUUGUUCCAAAAACUACUCCAAAACCUCCAACAGAAGAGAAACAAGUUGGUGCAUCUAAAGGUAAAUAUUCGAAAACUGCUGUCUUUAAAAGAGUGAUUUCCAACAUAUUUUUGAAAUGCCUCCCUCUCUUUCUCCCUAAUAAUUUAUAUUAAUCAUGCAAUGAAAAGUUAUUUAUCAUGUACUGAUAUAUAACUAUGGUCAAAUAUGAUAAUAAUAGCUAGUAAUAAUAAUAAUGAUAAUGAUAAUGAAUAAUAAGAACUAAUGAUAAUAGUAAUAAUAAUCAUCAUCAUAAUAAAAACCAGAAUAAUUAAAAUAAAUUAUAAUAAUAACAAUAACAAUAACAAUAAUAAUAGUAAACUUAUAAGAAAAUCAAUUUCAUACACAGAUUACCUGUUGCCUGAGGGAUGGAAAAAGAGCCUACCCAAAGAAGAUCACAUCUGGGUCUCCAAGGCACUUUUUAAACAGUCGACCAUGAAAGACAAAGCAGAGCUUGACAUGUCAAAGAUAAACAAGCUUUGGUGGUAUCCACCCCAGCCGUCGUUAAGGGUGCAUCAGCGUCCCACUGUCAACACUUACUUCACACGGCGCCUCCUACUAUGGAUGCCAAGAAAACUAUGGCAAGUGUUGUUGCAUUGUCCACAUGAUGAUUGUGUCAAGCACCCUCUUACCAGUGCGGGCCUGUACCCUCAUGUUAGACAGGUGCUUGACCUGGAUGGCUUCUACUCCUUGGCAACCGAGUAUCUUGAGUGUGGGAAGUGCAAGAGGAAAGUUAUUAGCUGGAGUCAGGGUAUCCUUGAUCAGUUAGAUGUGGGUCACAGGAAGCAGUUUCCUAUCAUCAUCACCUACAACUAUGCCUGUGACAUGAGAGUAGUGAGAUUGCUAAGACAACGUGGUUUUGGAAAUAGCUCGACUCAGUUGCAGAAGAAACUGACGGAACAGCAUAAAGAA